UCCUCGAAUUAUUCGCACCAACGCGUUGAUAAUCAAAAUAUAUAACACCGCGAGAAAAUAAAACAAAUUUUUUUGACCGCAAACUAUAACUCAAAGAUUAGGAAAUGGUGGUUGUGGAAGUAAUUAUGGCCGCGGCCAUGGUGGCUGUUAUCGUUUACCUAUACGUGAAGCGUCAACAAACCUAUUGGGCCCGGCGGAAUGUUCCGCACCUGAAGCCGGAGUUUUUCUACGGAAACACCAAAAGUCUGGACCACACCGAACCGCUUGGAAUGAUAUUCGCACGGUUCUACAAUGAGCUGAAAAAAUCCGGUCCGCUCGCUGGGGUCUACAUGUAUGCCAAACCGGUGGCCGUGGUGACAGAUUUGGAACUGGUGAAGAGUAUUUUGAUAAAGGACUUUCAGCACUUCACCGAUCGAGGAUUUUAUUAUAAUGAAAUACACGAUCCGUUAUCGGCGCACAUGUUCAAUGUGUCUGGCAGCAAGUGGAGAUCCCUGAGACAGAAGCUGUCACCUACGUUCACUUCCGGGAAGAUGAAGAUGAUGUUUAACACGAUUGUAGCGGCGGGAAAGCAGUUCAAUGAUUUUUUGGAAGAAAAAGUGGUACAUGAAAGUGAGCUUGAAAUAAAGGAUCUACUGGCUCGUUUCACAACGGAUGUCAUUGGAAUGUGUGCCUUCGGAAUUGAGUGUAACUCAAUGAAGGAUCCGGACGCGCAAUUCCGAGUGAUGGGAAGGAAGUUUGUGGAAGAUCAGCGGGGUCAGGUCAAAAAUGUGUUUCAUAAUGCAGCACCCGAGUUGGCGAAGAAAGCUGGCGUUAGGGCGAUCGAUAAGGAUGUGGCGGACUUUUUCUUGAAUGUCGUACGCGAAACCAUCGACUACAGAUUGAAGAACAAUGUUAAGAGAAACGAUUUUAUGGACUUGCUGAUUCAGAUGAGAAAUCCAGAAGAAAGUAAAAGUGGAGAAGGUCUGUUGUCGUUUAACGAAUUAGCGGCACAGUGCUUUUUGUUUUAUGUAGCCGGAUUCGAGACAAGUUCAACUCUGCUCACCUGGACGCUGUACGAACUGUCGCAGAAUCAGAGCAUACAGCAGAAGGGUCGUCAACAUGUUAUGGACGUUUUAGCUAAACAUGGUGGUGAAAUAACGUACGAGUGUGUCAAUGAUAUGACAUAUCUUGAUAAAAUAUUAAACGAGGCUCUUCGUAAGUAUCCACCGGUACCGGUUCAUUUCCGCGAAGCUACAAAAGACUACCAGGUGCCGGAUACAAAAAUCAUCAUCGAAGCCGGGACAAAAGUUUUCAUUCCGGUUUACGGAAUCCAUCACGAUCCAGCAGAGUUUCCGGAUCCAGAGCGAUUCGACCCGGAACGCUUUAGUCCUGAGCAGGUGCAGAAGAGACAUUCGUGUGCUUGGACACCAUUCGGAGAAGGUCCUCGAAUCUGUAUCGGUCUUCGGUUCGGAAUGUUGCAGGCUAAAGUUGGUCUUAUAUACCUGCUGAAAAACUUCAAGUUUGAUAUCGGAGAUCAGUGCAAGGUCCCGGUCAACUUUGAUAUAAAAAGUAUAAUUCUUACUCCAGAAGGUGGGCUGCCGUUAAAAGUGGCGAAAAUUUGUUGAUCAUUUCGUCACUAUGUGACUUGUUGAUACGUCAACUGUAUGUUAUAAAAAUAUUGUAAGGAAGUGAUGUUUGUUCUUCAUAUUCAUACUUCCAAAUGCUUCAUGAUCUAAUACCGUCAAUAGAGAAGAUCACGAACAAUAUUGAAGAAUGUGUAAAUUCCAAAAAAAUCAAUGAGUGAAAUCGUGCAUAGAUUAUAAAAUCAACACAUAUCUGUCUCUUUGAGAUUCAUACAGGUGUUGUCUGUGGUUUGUUAUGGUUUAACAAAUUUAUGUGUCGAGAGCACGUUGCUGGAGAGUAUUCAUUUCGAGCAAAAAACAGCGAUCUUCGUACGGUUUGAAUAGCUUCAAUCCUUGUUAUUCAGAUGUAAACAAACGGACCCUAGACAAUCGAAGCAGUUUACAAGCGUACAAGAAUAUACAAUAGAGACCACCUACAGUAUGGAAAAAUGCUAUAAGGACAAAUUUCUUAGGAGUAUUGCAAUUCUUAAAUUAGCUGUUACAAACAUGGAACUACACAAGCAAUACAAUGGUUGUGAAUAUCUAGUUAUAGUUUAGGAUUAAAAAACAAAUGAAAAAUCUUUCGCGUAAAAUAAGUAUAAGGACAAAAUUAUAUUUUCAGUAA